AUGACGAACUUUCUUUCGAAAAACAUGAAAAAUAACGAAUCGGUAUUAGCUUAUGCAAGUACCUGCACAUUUAACGAUAAAUCAAUUGCUUUUACUAUCUCGUCUAUUGAAUCACAGGGGUUUACCUGGAAUCAAGAUAUAUUUGCGACACAAUACCAACAAACUUGUAAUGUUGUUUAUGAUGCUAAUGAAGAUACUCCAGAGAAAUUAAUUGAAUUAAUUGAGUAUUAUAAUUAUGAUAAAGAUGUCAUCAAAAGGUUGAAAUCAAGACCAAGAAGGCGUAGUGAUGAUCAUACAUUGUCAUUAAAAAAUGACCAAAACUUGAAUAGAUAUUAUGUUGGGGAAAUUGUGGAGAUUGAUGUAGAAUCUGAUGAAGAUGAAUUGAAUUUUAAAUUGAAAAAAUUAAUAGAAUGA